UGGCUGCGGCUGGGCGGCUAGUUCAAGUUGCCAUAGCUGCGAGUCUGAGGAGAGCACCGUCGGUUGCGCCGCAGCGUUUGGUCAGUUGCACCUUCUGGGCCACUGCGAGCCGCGGGAGCCGGGAGGGGCCUCGGUGAUGAUCCGGCAUUAGGACCUAGGGUCGUCUCCUGUCUCAGGUGGUUUGGGGAAAGUGUAGGAGCAACCAAAGAUCAUCUGCUUGACCAGGCCUUUUGCCCUGAACCUCAUGAAGAAAUGAUAAGAGGCAGACAUAUGUGCCUGAGAAGAGCACUGAGCUCAGAGGAGAGCAACACGGAGUUUUGGGGGUCUACUUUGAGUUCCAUCAGACGCAAGAGUUUGAACAUCUUUUAUUGCUCAAAGUGAUCGAAAUUAGUAGCUGAAGACUUGUGUGUGUGUGUGUGUACUAGUGAAACUCAUGCUGGAAAGUGUGAUUCUAUCUUAUUAAAAGUAUGUAAUCCUAGUGGGGGGUUUGUGUACAUCAAUGGCAGAAUCAUCCAGCGAUUCAGACCACUUCCGCUAUCGUGACCGAUUGAGUCGAUGGGCUGCCAGAUCAAUUCACAGGGGAAUUCGAAGUCAUCCUACAAUAGAUGUCACUUCGAAGGUCAACACUAUAACAAGUACUUUACAGGAUACUAGUCGGAACCUGCGACAAGUGGACCAGAUGCUUGGACGAUACCGAGAAUAUAGUGACGGACAGGCGGGUGCUAUAGAACACUUAAAAGAAAGCUUGGAACAAUCAAUAGGCCAGCUGCGGAGUCAACGUUUAUUGAGAAACUCAGGAGGGAGAAGUAUUUCUGUUACUAGUCUGAGUGCAAGUGACCUCGAUGGUGGCACUGUGGCAGAGGGUCAUCGCUUUCCACCUACCUCACCUCUCAAGGACUAUGGGGAUCCACAGGGUAUUAAACGACUUAGAUCCAGAGCUGGUGUCCGGUUUGUUCAGGAGACCGAUGAUGUGGCCCAGUUUCAUGCUUUUCAUCAGUCCCUCCGAGACCUUAGCAGUGAACAAAUUCGCCUUGGAGAUGAUUUCAACAGAGAACUUUCCAGAAGAAGCAGGUCAGAUGCUGAAACAAAAAGGGCUUUAGAAGAAUUGACUGAAAAAAUUAAUGAAGCCCAGAAACAAGAAGUGGUUUCAGAUCGGGUAGAGCGGCGGCUUCAGGAAAUAGAGAGAGAGAUGCGCACAGAAAGAGAGUUGGUGGAAAAACGCCAGGAUCAACUAGGACUUAUGUCCUUGCAGCUGCAGGAGGCUCUGAAGAAACAAGUAGCUAAAGCAGAUGAGGAUGAGGGAGUAAUAAAAAUUAAACUAAAACAAACAGAAACUGAGAAGAAUCAACUGGAACAGGAAUUGGAGCUGUCUCGAAGGUUACUGAAUCAAUCAGAGGGCAGUAGAGAAACACUUUUGCAUCAGGUAGAAGAACUGCGUACACAACUUACUAAAGCAGAAGGAGAUCGAAAGGGUUUACAACAUCAAGUAUCUCAGAUUUCCAAGCAGCAGUUAAUCCAUCAGGAUGAACAAGGAGAUGACUGGAGGUUUAGGAGAGGAGUUGAGCGGGAAAAACUGGAUGUGGAGAAGCAGAUGUCAGAUUUGAGAGUACAGCUGAACUUCAGCGCUAUGGCCUCUGAGUUAGAGGAAGCGAAGCGAUGCUUGGAGCGGAAAGACAAGGAGAAAGCACAUUUGGCGGCACAAAUAGAGAAUUUAACAUGUGAAUUGGAGGGCAGGGAGAAACAACAACUACAGAUGUUGGAUCGACUUAAGGAGAUUCAGAAUCAUUUUGAGACAUGUGAAAUGGAGCGUAAGCGUGCUGACCUCCAGAUCUCAGAGCUGACUCACCAUGCAGAGGAUGCAACCAAGCAGGCUGAACAGUACCUCAGUGAGUUCCAGCACUCAGAGGCCUUGAGAGAGGAGGCAGAAAAGAGGAGAGAAGACCUGAAGCUAAAAGCUCAAGAAUCCAUUAGGCAGUGGAAACUUAAACAUAAGAAAUUAGAGCGAGCAUUGGAGAAACAAUCUGAAGCUCUUGAACAACUGACAGAGAAGAAUAAUCAGAUUCUAAAAGAAAAAGAUGAAUUGAAAAGUCAGCUUUAUGCAGCAUUACAACAACUUGAGAGUCUUAGAAAGGAACUUAAUGAUGUCUUAACCAAGCGUGCCCUUCAAGAGGAAGAACUUCACUGUAAGGAGAAGAAACUAAGUGAUGUUCAGUCUCAUCAAGCUGACCUUGAAUUAGAAGUCAAGAAUUCUCUGGAUACCAUCCAUAGACUAGAAAGUGAACUGAAAAAACAGAGUAAGAGUCACAAUCAGAUAAAGGUUGAGAAAUCUCACCUGGAAGAAGAGAUUGCAGAGCUAAAGAAGAGUCAAGCCCAGGACAAAGCUAAACUUCUUGAGAUGCAAGAGUCCAUCAAGGACUUGAGUGCCAUCCGAGCAGAUCUUGCUAACAAAUUGGCUGAGGAAGAGAGAGCCAAAAAAGCAGUGCUUAAGAACAUCUCUGAUCUCACCGCACAGGCGAAAUCCAAGGAUGAAGAGACAGCUACAGUCAUCACACAGUUAAAGCUAGAACGAGAUGUUCACCAGAGGGAGCUGGAAGAUCUCACAGCAUCAUUGCAGAGUGUGAAAACAAAGCACGAGCAAAAUAUUCAGGAACUGAUGAAGCACUUUAAGAAAGAAAAGAGUGAGGCUGAGAACCAUAUUAGGACACUGAAGGCAGAAAACUUAGAAGAUAAGAAUAUGGCUAAGGUCCAUCGUUGUCAGCUAGAGAAGUUGAAAUCACAGUGUGACAGACUGACAGAGGAAUUAACCCAAAAUGAAAAUGAGAACAAAAAACUGAAACUAAAAUAUCAGAGUUUGAAGGACCAGCUAGAAGAAAAGGAAAAACAUAUAAGCAAUGAAGAAGAGCACUUAAGGCGGAUGGAAGAGGCCAGAUUGCAGCUCAAAGAUCAGCUUCUUUGUUUGGAAACCGAACAGGAGUCCAUUCUUAGUGUGAUAGGAAAGGAAAUUGAUGCAGCUUGUAAAACUUUCUCCAAGGACUCAAUGGAGAAAUUGAAAGUUUUUUCAUCUGGUCCUGAUAUACAUUAUGACCCACAUCGUUGGUUAGCUGAAAGUAAGACUAAACUUCAGUGGCUUUGUGAAGAACUGAAGGAGAGAGAAAACAGAGAGAAAAAUCUGCGACAACAGCUGAUGCUCUGCAGACAGCAACUCAAGGAUCUAACCGAAAACAAGGAAUCUGAGCUCCAGUGUCUCUUUGAACAGAUAGAAAGACAGGAGCAGCUUCUGGAAGAAAUACAUCGGGAGAAACGAGGUAUUCAUCUGACUAAACUUCAGUGGCUUUGUGAAGAACUGAAGGAGAGAGAAAACAGAGAGAAAAAUCUGCGACAACAGCUGAUGCUCUGCAGACAGCAACUCAAGGAUCUAACCGAAAACAAGGAAUCUGAGCUCCAGUGUCUCUUUGAACAGAUAGAAAGACAGGAGCAGCUUCUGGAAGAAAUACAUCGGGAGAAACGAGAUCUUCUGGAAGAGACCCAAAGAAAAGAUGUAGAAAUGGAAUCUCUUCAGCCGAAGCUACUGCUUAAACUUCCACCUUGGGAAGAUGUUAGUCAAACUGCAUUGAGAAAUCAGAAUGAAGCUCAAUUUGAAGAAAAAGCAGACCGUGUAAUUGCGCUAGAAACGAUUUCCUCUGUGCUUGAAAAUGCUCCUAAUGUUGGGGGUAAAAAUGUUAACCAGAUAAGGAGGCUGAAGGGAGCAUUCCCCACCGAGGGCACAGUAUGUACGAAAAGUACCCGAGUGGCCUUGGACCAUCUGGAGUCUGUGCCUGAGAAACUGAGCCUACUAGAAGAUUUCAAAGACUUCAGAGAUUCUCGCUGUUCAUCUGAGAGAGCCGAGGAGAGAUAUUCUAAAUACAGAGUUCACCAAGAUUCUCUUCAGCAGCGCCGAGAUGACACCAAGUACAGAAUCAAAAACUUGAAAGAUGACAGGACCUUUGCUGAAGGUUCUCAUGCUUUCGUGUUAGAUCACUCAUCAUCUUGGCAGGAUCAUAGUCGCUUCCUGUCUAGUCCACGAUUUUCACACUUGAACUCAUUUACCAAAAGAACUGUUGCUCCAGAUUCAGCUUCAAUCAAAGGAGAUGCCGCAAGUUUACCCAUGAAUGGAACAAGUCCACAAUCUAAAAAGGAAGAAUACGAGAAUAAACAAAGCAAAAUGUAAUGAAUUACUUUACAGGAGUGUUUUUUACUAGCAGAUCUAUCCUCACUGCAAUUUGGCCCAAUUAUCUUACAGACAUACCUGCAGCUUCUCUUCCAAAUUGCCAAAUAUUGACUCAAGUAACAGUAGAGUUGGUCUUUGUAAAUGAUUAAGUUAUACCCAUCUAAAUAGUAUCAGGUAUGACAUGCAGCUAACACUGGCAGCUGAUACCAGCAAAGAAAAAGUGAUGUUUUUCACUUUUCACUUUCCUUUUUCCACUGUGAUCAGUCAUGUUUCUGGACUAAAAUUUAGAUUUAUAACUGAGGCCUUUCAAAAAUUACUGACUGAAGGGGAAGAAAAUGAGUUUACCUCAAAGCAAAAGUUGCCAGCACUUUAGAUUCAGGGAGCAUUUAUAUACAACUGAUUUUUCAAAAAAUGCGUUCUUCCUAAUAAAUGACCAUGUGUUAUAACAUGUCAUGGAGAUACGCACAUAUCAUAUUGGACAGUCUACUUUGUGAAUGCUCAGAAUUGUUAGAUCCAUCAUCUCAGGAGUCUGUUACUACAUACAGUAUCCUAAAGUUUCCAAUCAUCCAUUUUUAAUAGCAAUAAACAAUUUAUGUGUGGUAUCUGAAUGGCAGAGAACUGAAUUAUGAAGAAUUCAUAGCACAAUUUAUUUAUUUGUCUUUUUGUGGCCAAAUAUUUCACUGUGAUCACUUCAGUCAUAUCCUGAACCAUUUUUGGUUUACUGUACCAAAAUCACACCACCAAACUUCUGUGUCUAUUAGAUUUAGUCUGUAAGAAUUUUUGUAUAAUUUGGUACAAUUUCAGCAUCUCAGCUUUUCUCAACGUCAAAGUGUAUUUUAGAACUCUCUUUCCAUACAGAUCUACCAGUGAAGAAAGACUUAUAUUAAAUGCUAGGUAAUGGAAAACACCUAGGAACUGAAUCCUGUCGGGUUGUGGUGGAAAGAUUCUACCCAGGGACAAGGACA